GGUUUGUCAUUUAUGUCUUUUUGUGUGUCAUUCAACGGGCUCGAUAUGUCUUGCUUUUAUUUUGAUUGGUGUUGACAAAGAAAAUUAUUAAUACUAUAUAAUAAUCCUAGCUCAUAUUGAUAACUGCGUGGUACAAUAAAAUGUUGGUUAUAAUUCAAGCGUUUUAUGAAUGAGUAACUCUAAUUCCGAUACUGAGGAAGUGACUGAGCAUACUGCACUAAUAAUGGAUGGACACAUCGCAGAAGCACGCCCGGACAGGGAAAUCGCUGACAGAAUUGCCAGAAAGAGAAAAUCCAAAACCGAAAAUCAGCGCACAUAUGGGAGUGUGGAGCCUACUGAAAGAAGUUCACAGGGUAUAUCUAGUGACCCUGGUCCGAGUUCAGUACCAGUUCAUAACAAUCCUGAGGCAGAAGAGUUGGAACUUAAAUAUGGAGCAAGACAUGUCAUCAAACUAUUUGUUCCUGUUACAUUGUGUAUGCUUGUUGUUGUUGCUACAAUAUCAUCAAUUAACUUCUACUCAGUCAAAGAUGUAUAUUUAGCAUAUACUCCAUUCCAUGAAGAGAGUCCCUAUGCUGUAACAAAAGUAUGGAAUGCUUUGGCUAACUCAUUGAUCCUACUGAGCGUAAUUGCCCUUAUGACUGUUCUGUUAAUAGUUUUAUAUAAGAAGAGAUGUUAUAAAAUCAUUCAUGGAUGGCUCAUAUUGUCAUCACUGAUGCUGCUAUUCUUAUUUUCAUAUUUGUAUAUAGAAGAAGCACUAAGAGCAUACAAUAUACCCAUGGAUUACAUAACAUUAGUGUUUGUAAUGUGGAACUUUGGAGUAAUGGGCAUGAUUGUGAUUCAUUGGAAAGGUCCAUUGCGGCUGCAACAAGCAUAUCUUAUAUUUAUUGCUGCUUUGAUGGCCCUUGUGUUCAUUAAAUAUCUGCCAGAGUGGACCACAUGGGCUGUGCUUGCUGUGAUCUCAAUAUGGGAUCUAGUAGCUGUUUUGACACCAAAAGGGCCAUUGAGAAUUUUAGUAGAGACAGCGCAAGAACGAAAUGAGCCUAUAUUUCCAGCACUUAUAUAUUCAUCUACAGUGAUGUACUGCUUAGCGGCGGCUACUACUACUGGCACAGCGGGCGAAGGCACACGAAAUAAUGAAACGGCGAAUGUACGCGAGUCAGACGGCGGCGGCGGCGGCGGCGACGGUGGUUUCGACGCGUCGUGGCGGGCGCGCGCGCACGAUACGGCCGGCGAGCCGCGCGCGCAGCGCCGCCUGCGCGUGGACGGCACCGCGCCCGCGCACUACACCACGCGCAUCGACCCCCGCACACCCCGCACACCCCGCGCACCCCGCGCACCCGCCGCCCGACGCCGACGAGGAGAAGGGCGUUAAACUUGGUCUCGGCGAUUUCAUAUUUUAUAGUGUACUAGUGGGCAAAGCGAGCUCCUACGGUGACUGGAACACAACACUCGCUUGUUUUGUGGCUAUACUUAUCGGUCUUUGUCUGACGCUCCUGUUGCUGGCGAUACUCAAGAAAGCAUUACCGGCGUUGCCUAUUUCAAUAACAUUCGGUUUGAUAUUUUAUUUUGCGACGCGUUGUGUCGUCAAACCAUUUGCGGAUGCUUUAGCGGCGGAACAAGUGUUCAUUUAGCUAGAUACAGUUUUUAUAAUUUAUUUAGGAGCAAACCGAAGACUCAAAACAUUAACGUGAAAGCAAACACCAUACCCGAACUAAUUUUCCUUAAUAAAUAGUUAAAGUUAUUUUAGUAUAAGUGUAUUAGUUAAUUGAGAAAAGUGACACUAUUUUAUGUUUGUAUAUUUCUUUUUUUAUUAAUAGAAAAUCGCAUGAUUGCUUAAUUUAUAUGAUUAAUAAAUUAACGAAGCUAGUGUGUAGAUACUAAUUAUUUGGACAUGGCCAAAUCUCAAAAACAAAGUAUUAAAAUAGUAAUGCAAUAAUAAUAGGUACCGUCACGGCGACAUACAUUGGUGGCAAUUCUUUCGCACAAACUAGACUGAAUUAAGUUUAAUACUGUCUUAAUCACGUGUCCAAUUUUGUAAAUAACUAGGAAGUAAACUUUUUAUUACUGAUCGACUAGCAGAGAAUGCCGUACGGCAUUAAGUCCGCCCUUUACUGCAUUGCAAUUGCAAAUAAAUUAUAGUAUAAAGAAGGUUAAUUAUAUUGCAUCGAAAAUAUGUGACAGCGAAAUGACGUGAAAAUAAACCCAAAUUAAAAUUAUAUGUUCUUAAUACUGGUACGAAUUAACAUGACACCUGAAGAUCUAUUCUAUUUAAACGAAAACGAACCUUUCGUUUAUUUUUGAAGUGCUAACACGUUUUUUAGGAAACGACUUUUUUGAUAAUUUAUGAUGCAACGGAGGUAGGACCUGACACUGGACGAUUCGAAAUUAUCCGAAUUUUCUUUCGAGGACAAACAGGCCUUGGGAUGUCCUGGUAAUUCGUACGAGCUAUAAGUUUAGCAACAGAAUUGGCACCAAUGUCGCAGUAGUUUUUUUUCUCUUGUGUGCAGCAAUUUAAUAUAAACAAAUUAUGUAUCACGUGCGGAUUUC